GCCGCGGGCUGUUCACCGAACGAGGCAGCCAGGCUCUCGCCUGUUCGUUCGCACACGUUCUCUGCUGGCAUUCGUGUGUGCUUCGUUUCCGUCCGUCGGUCCGUCUGUUCUCUCCGCGUUCCGUGUCGGAUUCAUCGGAUCUCGUGCCGGCGUCGACGGUACCGGCGGUUCCGUGCACCGAAACACCCGGACGCAUCGAUCGUCGUUCGCGUUCAUGCGAGACGAUUAACCGAUCGCGUCGGAUCGAUAUUCGAAAUCGUUCCACCGGCGUUCCGCGCGACGCGCGUUCAAGGUCCGGCGCAGCAGGAUUUCGACGACCCCGCGGGCAAGCGCGCGCGCGCGCACGCCACCGCUUUGUGACACGUGUGAUUUUUCUACCUGAAACCGUGACGGGGAACAGGAGAAUGUGACCCAACGUGUGACAGGCAAACGAAAAACGAGGUUUAUUAUCGAUGUUGCCGAAUAACCUGCUCCGAGUCGGUGCGAGCAUACGCGAGUCCUUCGCGCGACCUCGGCUCGGUUAAGUGUCGCGUUUUAGUGGAAAAUGCGAACGAUCGGUGCCACGUUACGGUUUGUUUACCAGCGUCGCGUUACCGUGUAAUCGUCGUUCGCAGUUCAGUGAGGAUAAGUGCCCGUCGGUGUUUUCGGAGUGACACCUACCAUACCCGGGGUACGCUUAACCGCUGCGUUUUCCCUCGAUACGCAAGUUAAACUUGCUUGGAGCGCGACCGUGUUGCCGGGAAAUCGAUUAGUGUGCCUCGCACGUGAAAAUCGGCCACCGACUGACUGAGAGAACAUUCCUCCGCGGAUCGUCAACAGGUGUACGCCUUAAUGAUACACCGAUGAGACCGUUGGAAAUUGCUGUUAACAUCCGUGUACACUGAAGAGGAGGUACUCUGCGGUCUCGCGUGAAUCAUUAGUUUCUAACCGAGCUCCGGUACCACGUGAGUCAGUGGUGUAUACUUCCCAGGCUUCUGAGACAGGGUGGCAUGGCUCGUUAAUGGACACAUCGGUGAGAAUCCGUUCGACAACGGUUCGUGGGGAAAGGAGCAGUUUCAACCAUCCGCGGUUCCUUGGCAGCUGAAUCCGCGCGGCCACGCUCGUCCCAGUGACGAUGGUAUAAUGGAUCAUGACACAGACGGAGACGGCGCGAUCAACUUGUCAACGUCGCAACGACCCUCCGCCGCCACCACCCCUAAUGGUGACACCCCCUCGUACGGACAAGAUCAACAAGACAACGAUCAGGCUACUUCGCUGUUUGCAGCCCUGAAGCAGCAGCAACAGCAACCACGCGACAGCGUUCCUCCGUCGAGGGAGCGCGAGAAUCGGGAACGAGAUCGGUUGUCGGUCCGCGGUCGUGAGAGCAACAGGAACAACGAGAUCUGCGGCGGCGCUGUCGACCAGCAACAGCAACAACAGCAGCAGCAGCAACAACAGGACCUCACGAUCGAGUACCAGAGCAAUGGAAAGCUCAGUCCCGCUGGGCACGCAGUGACAACAGCACCCAUGACCCAGCAAAAGCAGCCUAUCAUCACGCAGCAAUCGCAACAGCCCAGUUCCGGGGCGCCUGGUCCCCAACCGAGUCCCCAUCAGAGCCCACAGGCCCCUCAGAGGGGUUCGCCGCCGAAUCCUUCGCAGGGUCCUCCUCCCGGAGGACCGCCAGGGGCACCACCCUCUCAGAAUCCCUCGCAGAUGAUGCUCAGCCCGGCGAGCGGCAUCCAUCAGAUGCAACAGCUACUGCAACAGCACAUACUCAGCCCCACGCAACUGCAAUCAUUCAUGCAGCAACACACGCUAUACUUGCAGCAACAACAACAACAGCACCAUCAGGACUCCUUGGAACAUGCGUCGAACCAGGACCGAUUCGGUUACUUUUCGUCCCUAAAAGACCAUCAACAACAGUUCGCGGAGCUAGGCAUGAAGAAGCUGGAGCAGGCGAUACAGCAGCUACAGGAACAAUUGCAGCUGAACGUGAUUCAGCAGACGCAUCUGUUGCAAACGGCCGACAAGAAGAAGGCCUCCGCCCCCCUUCAGCAACUGGUACUCCAGCAGCAACGUUUGAUACAACAACUGCAGAUCAGGCAGAGCCAGUAUCUCAUCCAACAGGGUCUGGGACUUCAGGGUCACAAUCCUUCUUCAGGUCUGCAACCGGGGGAGGGUCUGCCGAUAUGGAAGUCAGAGACGCCAGACGUCCCGGAAUCCCACCAGAACUCCAACGUUCCGAAAUCCGGGUCCGGACUGAACGGACUUCUGAAUUCGACAGUGUCGAGUCGGCGGUCGGAGAUGAACGGCACCACGCCGCUGGACGAGAAACCGUUGGACGUUUCCUCGAACGACAAGGCUCACCCUCUCUACGGCCAUGGGGUCUGCAAGUGGCCGGGCUGUGAAGUUAUUUGUGAAGACUAUCAAGCAUUCCUUAAGCACUUGAACACGGAGCACACGCUGGACGAUAGAUCGACGGCGCAGGCACGAGUUCAGAUGCAAGUGGUCUCCCAGCUGGAGAUUCAAUUGCAAAAGGAACGGGACCGGCUAACCGCCAUGAUGCACCACCUGCACGUGGCGAAACAAAUGGCGUCCCCGGAACCACCAAAGUCGUCCGAGUCGUCGGUGUUUCUCCGAACACCGCAUUGCUUCUUGCAGACGGGCUCGAGUAUACCAAAGUUGAAUCUCUCCACCGCCCUGAUGAGCCAGCCACCCCCGAAUUUCGGCGUCUCCCAGGUGUCCCCGGUCUCGAUGUCCGCGUUGGUGUCCGCGGUGAGGUCGCCGGUGGGCGGACAGUUGCCCUCCUCGGCCGGUGGCGCCCCCAUGCCGCCAAUUCCCAACAUGUCGAACAUGUCCGGGAUGCCCCCGCUGCCGAACAUGCCGGGCAGCAUCCCCACCAUGCCGACAAUGCCCAGCAUGGCUGGGCCCAUCAGGCGGCGCAUCAGCGACAAGUCCGCGCUUUCGUUGGCAGGAGGACUGUAUGACGAGGGCACUGUAAGGCGCAGAGUAGCCGUCGAUAGAUCUGGAAUAGAUAUUAACGAAGAGAUUCAACGAAAUAGGGAAUUUUACAAGAACGCCGACGUCAGACCGCCAUUCACGUAUGCAUCGUUAAUCCGACAGUCGAUCAUCGAGUCGCCGGAGAAGCAGCUGACGCUGAACGAGAUCUACAAUUGGUUCCAGAACACGUUCUGCUACUUCCGGCGCAACGCGGCAACGUGGAAGAACGCAGUGCGACACAACCUGUCUCUCCACAAAUGUUUCAUGCGAGUCGAAAACGUGAAAGGCGCCGUAUGGACGGUGGACGAAGUGGAGUUUUACAAGAGACGUCCUCAACGCGCUUGCAGCACGACCGGGGGUGUCCCGUCGAAGAGCCCAACCCUAACGCACAGUCCGACCAUGUACGGUGACGCAUUAAACGCCAAUCUCCAGUAUUUCCAGGCAGCGCUCGGUGACUCGAACAUGGGCUUUCUGAGCAACUCGAUGUGCACGUCGACGACGACGAGUCCCGACAAGGAGCAUGUGUUAACACACAACGAUUUAAUGUCACCGUUGGAUGAACCAGCCGUGCACAUAAAGCAGGAGGGCCAGAGUCCUGAGGGGGGUAAACUCACGAGAUUAAUAAAGCGGGAGCUGGUGGACGCGGCUGUGGAGCAGGAGGGCGAGGAUGAUCAGGUGGACGAGAGGGAGUAUCCCGAGAGCCACGGGCACGAUUCGGGCCAGGACGAGGACAUGGCCGAGGACCUGUCGAUGGCGCCCGACAUAAUGACCCCGGAGGAUCAGAUCGAAGCGUAGUAUCGUUUCUCGAGCAGCGAGUAGGUUCGAGCUGUCGCGUCUAGGCCCGUUCGCGAGAGAAAAACGAUAACAUCCUUCUUUCGCGUGGACGACGAGCCGAGACCGGGAAACGAGCGUGACGAGGACGCCGGCGAACGAAGAGGAAGAGAACGCCGGAAGACGACGACGAAGGCCCCUAGGACCACCCAGCCCUCCUCCUUCGUAAGAAAUUCUCCCCCAUGCAUUCAUCAUAUCCGAAGCCGCGACGCGUUAGAAGCGACUUUAAAGGUAACGAGAUAUAACGAGGAACACUGACGAAAGACGUAAGAAGAGAAAAAAAGGAAAAAAAAAAAAUACAGAAAACACACACACGCGCGCGCGCGGAAAACUGAGACUUUUUCCGUGCUCCGGUCGCGAACGAACACGUCGACGAGAGUCGACGGGUGUCGGGAAACCGCGAUCCUUCGAUCCAUAUCCUUACUCAAGCAAUUGCGAACAACGAUGUAUUUUCUGUUCUAUCCUUCCGUUUCAUUUCGGAACCGCGGUUAUAUCUAUAUAACGUAAAUAUAUACAUAUACAUAUGUAUCUCUCUCACUCUCUCUCUUUCGUGUACAUUGCAUUAGCGAGUAAAUGAAGAAAGGGAAACGAAACGCAUCCGCGUUCCGUUCGCUGUCGAUCCUCGCAGCCUCGUUUCUUGCUUCCGGUUCCACCGCGUGCACGCAAUGGUAUUGGAAUUAAAAAGCUGACAUCGACCGUUCGCGAGCUGUUCUCGAUCAUCGACCGUCGUAGUCUCGAAAGGAAAAUAGAAAGGAAGGGAGGGGGGAGAGGGCGUAAAAUUUAAUGGCGGAACGCGGGCACAAGCGCUCGGGAACGACUGACACUUAGUCUUUAAUAUAUAUCGUGGUAAAUUAAGGGGGAAAAGAUCGCG